CCCAAGAACCAGGUUUGCAUUAAUAACAGGAGGACGGCGAGAGAGACCCAGCAUGGAUAAUAAUUCCGGUGGCGUGAUCCUCUAUGUGGGUUCAACAGCUGGCUCCAGCCCCACUCCAGGCAGCCCUCCCAGUGGAUAUCUGGUGUCUUCACCCCAACACUCACUGCCAUCCUCGUUAGAAGAGCUGACCCUCACCGAGAUUGGAGCCAUCAAGCCACAGCAGGCCAGCUCCCCCUCUUCACCCAAGGUAGCCUUCCAGUUUCCUGAAGGGAUCUGCUACCCCAGCAAGGGCCAGCUACCCCCAACAUCAAAUAAGGUGCCUGCCGCCAAGCAGAAUGGAGCCACCAGCACUUUCACAAAGACUGGUGGGAUGGUGUUGCUUUGCAAAGUUUGUGGAGACAUUGCUUCAGGCUUCCACUAUGGGGUUCACGCUUGUGAAGGAUGUAAGGGUUUUUUCCGCCGGAGCAUCCAGCAGAACAUCAACUACAAGAUGUGCGUGAAGAAUGAAAAUUGCAUGAUCAUGCGUAUGAAUCGCAACCGCUGCCAGCACUGCCGCUUCAAGAAGUGUCUGGCGGUGGGGAUGUCAAGAGAUGCCGUGCGUUUUGGGCGCAUCCCUAAGCGAGAGAAGCAGCGCCUGUUGGAUGAGAUGCAAAGCUACAUGAACAGCCUGAAUGAAGUCCCCAUGGAUGUGGGCCUGAGCUCUGAGGUGGAUGCUCCACCCAGUCCUAAUACCCAGGAAGAGGAGGCAAUAAAUGCCAUCUCCAGGGCUUACCAUGACAUCUUCCUCAGCGGGCAGGACCGCCUAGGCAGGCGUAGUAGCUCCCCUGGGGCCGAGGCUGCCCCUUUGACCAACUACAACGAACAGCCGCAGCUGAAUCAUUCCCUGAGUUAUGGGCGAUACGAAUCAGCCACUCUCCGCCUCUCCAGCUACAACCCUCAAGAACCACCCUGUUACGUUGACAACAGUCCCUCCUGCUAUGGCAAUGAGAUCUUCCAGAACCAGCAGACCAGUUAUCUUCAAAAUGCUGGAUGCUACCCACCCUUUGAUUUUGGUUAUUCUGAGGGAAAUGUCCAGAGGAGCUGUCCAUGGCGGGGAGCCACCAGAAGGGGCAUUGCUUGUCCUCUGAAUGCCACCCCUUAUUGUGGCAGUGGCAAGAGCAGUCAGCAAGUGUGGGAAGAGUUCCUACAGUGCUUCACACCAGCUGUCAAGGAGGUGGUCGAGUUUGCCAAGAGCAUCCCGGGCUUCCAGUCACUCUGCCAGCAGGAUCAAGUGAUGCUCCUCAAAGCGGGCACUUUCCAGGUGCUGAUGGUACGCUUCUCCACCCUCUUCAGUCCCAAGGAGAAGAAAGUAACAUUUCUGAGUGGGGAAACAUAUUCACUCGGCAGCCUACGUUCCAUGGGCAUGGGCUCUCUGCUGGAUGCCAUGUUUGAGUUCAGCGAGAAGCUCAGUUCCUUGGGGCUAGAUGCACAGGAGAUGGCCCUCUUCAUGGCUGUGGUCCUUGUCUCAGCAGAUCGCUCUGGGAUCUCCGAUGUGGAUGCUGUUGAAAUUCUUCAGGAGACAUUAAUCCGGGCCUUGAGAACUCUAGUAAUCAAGAAGCAUCCAGAUGACUCCACACUUUUCCCUAAGCUGCUUCUCCGUCUCCCCGACUUGAGAACUCUGAACAAGCAGCAUUCAGAGAAACCUCUUGCCUUCAGGAUCAACCCUUAAUUCCAGCACAUCAAUCUCAUAAGCCCUAAGACUUCAGGAAAGAAAA